AUGCUUGAAUCAUCAAAGGAGUUGGUCAAUGAGGUUGUGAUUUCUCCAGUUGAGACAGAGAAUGAAAUCAACAUUUUCAAGCAACCAAACAAUCCAACGCCUGAACAUAUGGAAGCCCUUAUCGAAAAAUUACAGUCAACUGCUUGGAAGCCUCCCCAAGUAGUUCAUGUUACUACUGAGUCUCCAUCUGGGAGUGAUAAAGACGAUUCAAAUGCCUCCCUGAUACCAACUUCUAAUGUUGAACCAGCCCAGGUUAAUCAAGAUGAUCAAAGUCCAAUUGUUGAACCAGGCCAGGUUAAUCAAGAUGAUCAAAACUCAACUUUUGACGAAGACUUCUUAGCUAAUGAGGAAACUUUUGCCUCGGGAAGCUCUUCUGCCCCACCACCUCCAGAGCACGAUUCUGCAUCUGUCAAGUUAGCCAAGCUACUUGCUUUUCAAGACACUAUUCCUCAGUCAAGAGGAAAUGGAAUAUCUAUUGGCUCAGGGCAAGGAGGUGAUGAAGACUCUCAACAAACCAUUUUUGAGCUCAAACAAGAGAUCGUAAUUUUCAAACAAGAGAAGGACUUGCUGAUUGGCAACUUGGAUGUGAGAGUUUCUGAGCUUGCAAAAGAAAAUUCUCAAAAGAGUUCUAAUGAUGGAAAAGCUUCAGAUACAUCUGAAAGAUCGUGUUUAGUCCUGCCUAAGAUUCUAACCUUGAUCAAUUUCUGUCUCCUGGCUCCGUCACAGCUGAAGAAAGAAGGGAGAAGCAGAGAAGAGUUGAUAAGCUGA